CGGUUAUGAACAUUAUAGAAAGAACAUUUAAGAGACAUUUAAAACAUAUAUUUAUUUAUAUUUUAUCUAAUAUAUGUUCGCUUUAAGUCAACACAGGGGGCGUCACAAACGGAAUUAACGUUUGUUUGUCGAAGUUUUAAGUUUUUCAAGCUAGCUAACCUUAGUUGAACUUUAAUUAACGGUUUGUUUCCCUGCACACAAACAAAGAUGGAGAACGUCAGCCUGGUUGACUUGUUGAAUUUAGCUAUUGGGACACCUCAGAAGGGAGCUGUCAACUUCAGCGCCCUGUACGCCCUGCUCAAUGCCAUCCUCCGGCAGCUGGAUAUCCGGGAGAUGAAGACCGGGUGGACGGACACUUCUCCCAGGGACGGGCUCCCUGAUGCUUUGGUGGCUAUCAUCGCUUCCAAGCAGGAGGACAAGAGCAUGGACGAGGAGGGGAAACAGUGGGUUCAGAGUGACAUCUCCACGGGGCUGGAGGUUCAGCCCGGAAUCGAGCUGCAGCAGCAGGUAGACUCCUCCAUGUCUCUGGUCCCCUCCUCCGGUACUGCGGUGGAAGAUCAGGGGGAGCUCCUGUGCCGCAUCCAGACCUGCGAGGACGGUCUUUCCGAGGCCAUGAAGCUCAUUCAGGAGCUCCACAACCAAAGAAACAAUCUGAAGCAAGAGAUGAAGGAGCAGCAGGUUGGUGCUGAGGCAGAUACGAUCUCCGAUGUGGAGAAGUGCUGCCACCAGGUGGACGCUCUGCAGAAAGCUGUGGAAUCUCUGAAAGACACAUUCCAGAAGUUUCCGGACCCCGCAGAGCUGAGUCAAUGUGUGACCUGGGACAUCAUGCAGUCAACGCUGCUCAACGAGAGAGAAAUCCUGCAGAAGGAUCUUGUAAAUUCAGGAUUUGUCGAUGCAGCCAAAGUCAUCAGAACCACACACACACCUUUCCACGGCAGCUUCACUGCUGCAAACACAGCGCCUUCUCACACCAGUUCACCCUCCUCCCCCCGCCCUGUGGUGGACACCAGCAGGCCUACAGCUCCUGGUUCUCUGGACACAGAGGCUCCUUCAGUCCCCUCAGGGCCCCCGCAGCAGACUGAUCCUGAAACAGGCCUGACAGCUGCUGCUACGCCCCUGCCUCGAAAGGCCAGCAGCUCGGAGCGCUACACAGAGACAGUGGAGGCCCUGAGGAACAUCGGCAAACUGACGGAGAGUUUCAGCCAGCUGGAUGCCCGAGUUGCUGCGGUGGAACAAGGAAAGCUGGACCAGUCACAGCUGAAGCAUCUGAAAGAGCUCAUCGCUCACAAAGGUUCACGCGAUGCAUCGAAUAACGUGAUGGAUCAGCUGAACCAGCACAGAGCUCUAAUAGACAAUCUGAUGAGGGACCGGGAAAAGAACAUGGAGCUGGUGAACGACGUGCAGAAUGCCAUCCUGCAGCUUCAGGCUGACUGUGAAAAACUGACUGAAACCACAAGAUUUCUGCACGAGGACAACAGCCAGAAACAGAGCCACAUAGAGGAGCUGUACAAGACAACGGAGGAGCUGGAGGAGAAGAAGGCCAACAAGCAGAUGGUGGAGAGUGAAAUCAAGAAGGCAGGUAAAUCUGCUCUGGACAGCAAAGUGAGCCGCCUGCAGUUUGACUCUGCCACGGAGCAACUGAACGCCAUGUUCCACGAGCUGCUGAACAAGGUGACGGGCCAGGAGCAGGACUGGCACAAAGUCAUCGACAGACUCUCCUCCGAGAUGGAGUGUAAGUUGAACAGGAUAGAGCUGGACUCAGUGAAGAAGCAGCUGGAAGAUCGCUGGAGGAACAUCUAUGGGAAGCUGCAGACUCAGGGAGCUCCAGAGCAGGAGGACGCUGCUGGUAUCAGAAAACAACUGGUGGACAGAUUUCACUGCCUCUCCUGUGACCGGCCUGUGGUCAUGCACACCUCCGGACAACAUGUGGUGAAGCUGUCGUCCUCUGCUGGGUUCCCCUCGCACAGGUCCAUCAGACCGUUCACUGUGUAUGCUCUGGAGCAGUUCAGACAGCACUACAGGAGCAGCGAGCGGAUCUCUGAGAUGACGGACUAUAGUCACCUAGGCGUGUCGCGGAGCUGCGGGGGGAGUCACACCGUCACCUCGGCCAGCCAGAGGCGCACCGGCCUGCAGACCAUCAAGCACCACCCCCAGGCGGAGAUAGACGGCCUCAUUCCGUCAGAGGAGAUCGAUAUCAUCGGACUGGACGGGCAUAUUUACAAGGGUCGCCUGAACGCCCCUCCCAUCAGAAAUACAGAAAUUAAACUACCUACAAUCCCCACCAAAGACGGCAUGUGCAAAACUAAAGACAAAGCCAAGUGCCCCCACAAACCCGCUGCCUCCCCCGAGGGUCAUCACCCCUGCAGUGCCAAAAGCGCCCAGUGCAGUCGCUCAGCCUCCAGCAUAUCGGGGCGGGACUGGCCGGUGUCGGCUCUGGGCUGCACCUCUCAGAGCUCGGUCGCUGCAGCAGAGAGCAACACGGAGCUGCACUCUGACGCACCCCUCGACCUGUAGGGGGCCACACUCAGCACUGUACUGUUUUAAUAUGUAGUUCACUUCUGCACUGAGAAGGUAACUUGCUUUAAACCUUUUAUAUUUGUUUUUGCACUACAUGUCCCAUAAAUCAUCUGUCAAACACUGAGUCCAAAACUGUGGAUUGUUUAAUUAUUUCACUCUGACAUUUAUUAAUUAGGACCACAAUAAUAAUGAAUUUGUGCGGAAAUGCCCAAAAAUGCUUGAAAUGUCUUAUAUCUUAUACAAUGUCUUAGCUGAAAUUUAAAGCCAAAUGUAAAGAUAUUUAGUGAAUAAAUGAUGACGUACAUAUGCCUCAAAGAUAUUCCCCUCAAUGCUCCAGACAGAUCUGAUCUCACUUUUGUCAAACACAGAAAAUAACACGUAACAAAUAACAUGAGAAUUCGCACCAAGCUCAAAACUGUUGGAGUAGGAAUGACAAACAUUUGGAGAAAUAGCGCAAGAAAUGUUUGAGUGGAAGUGCCGAAAAUGUGCAACACGGUUAGAAAGACCUGGCUAUAACUCACUCAAAUAUAUCUGACACCAUAGACAGCCCUGCUGUUAAGCCACCCGCUGCAGAGGAAAAACCAAGCUACGUACAGUAUUUAUACAUGUUUAUUUAUAUUUAGGCAGCCAGAGUAGUAAAACUCUUGCAUGUGUUGUUCCCCUCACUGUCAGCAAUGUGUGUCCGGACUUCACGACCCCGGGUGCAUCUCUGCUGGGUACAUCCUGUUCGCAGAAAAUGCGUCUGAGAGCAGGAAGUACAUGCUGACAAUAAAGGGCGGUUAACUUUGAAGUGCGAUCGGAUUAUUUCCUGUCAUUGAAGAAUGUGGUUUUAUCUCAAGUGACUGUAACUCUGUGGUUGACAUCGCUCAUUCUAAAGUAUUUUAUUAUGAAGAUGAAAGUUACUCAAGUGCUCUUACUUAAGUACAAUUUUAAUAAUAAUAAUAAUAAUGAGUUUUAUUUAAGGAGCCUUUCAUGACACCCAAGGACAAUUGUU